GAGAGUUCGGGCCUCACAACGUCUCCGCCGCUGCCCUGGGAAGCCGCUCGGGACGGGGCACUGCAGCCGGGCGGAGAUGACCGACUGCGAGUUCGGCUACGUGCGCGCGCUGGCGCAGGACUACCUGGAGCAUGUCCUGCAGUUGUCCGCGGCGGAGGCCCAGCCCGGCAGGGUCGCCCGGCUGCUGCGAGACGUGGCCUCGUCGGUCCAGAAGGAGGUGGAGAAGACUCUGCAGCCGUGCCUGGACAGCCUGGACGUGCAGUCGGUGGACGCCGCCCGUGUGCUGUUCCGCGCCGUCAUGCAGAAGGAGUUCGAGGACGGCGUCGUCAACUGGGGCCGGAUUGUGACCGUGUUCGCCUUCGAAGGGAUUCUCGUCAAGAAGCUGCUCGGAGCGCAGGGGGCCGCGGACGAGGACGCUUACCAGGAGAUCUCCCACUUCGUGGCCGAGUUCAUCACGAAACACACAGGAGAAUGGAUACGGCAGAACGGAGGCUGGGAAAAUGGCUUCAUAAAGAAGUUUGAACCCAAAUCUCAUCGGCUGACUUUUCUGGACGUUAUAGGAAAGGUCUGCACAAUGUUCUCUCUCCUGAAGCAAUACUACUAACUGAAAAGGACACUCGUAUUGUGAAACACACAGACUUAACAGGACUCUUGCAAGAAGAAUUGCGGACACUUUUCUUCUGCUUCUGGACAACCAACCUCCAUGAUGCAACCCAAUGUUCCACAGUGAUGAAUAAAUCUAAUAUAUGUGUG